CUAGAAUCUUCCUCCUCUUGUUCAGAGUUCAAACAUGCCCUCAGUAAUCUUCAAGCUCUUCCUCUGAGGUCAGAUUCCAGUUUCAGGUGAAUCCGAACAUUGGCAAAUGUGGAGACGAACAACUUCUGUCAGCUGAGUGACCAGGAGAGUUUCCCUGAUGGCUUUCCAAAAGACUGACAGCAUGGAUAAUAUUUAUGAAUCAACAGAUGACACUUACAUAUAUCCAGACUGGAGUGACUCUGAGCAAUCUGUGGAAGCAGAUUAUGAUACAAUUCUAGAGCGAAGGGAAAGUAAUGACCAAGAACGACCUAACAUGUCAGAGCUGAGGGUGGUUCUCAUGGGCAACAACUGGUAUGACAGGAGUUUCGUUGGAGACGUUCUACAGGGAGCUUCUGUAUUCAGCACUAAGAAAGAGGACAGAUGUUUCUGCACUGAAGGACUGAUAGACAACAAAAAAUUAGUUGUUGUAAACACUCCAGAUCUGCUGUCUGACAAGCUUCCCCAUUUCCAACUUUUAAAACACAUCAAUGAUUGUAUGAGACUGUCUGCCCCUGGACCUGAUGUCUUCCUCCUGGUUCUGAAACCCAGAAACUUCUCAGAAGAUCACAAACAGAAGAUUUGCUGGAUCCUUGAACACUUCAGCACAGACGCAUUUAAGCAUUCCUUGAUUGUAAUACGAUCAACAAGAGAUGAUUUUUCUGUGAAGUGGGGGGAAUAUAUGAACCUUUCACAUUUAGCAAAUCUGGAAAUGAAAUGUAGAGCCACAUUUUUAGUCAGUCAGAUUACAGACACUUUGAAGCUGCUGGAGCAGUUGGAGUUGGUUGUGAAGGCCAACCGAGGGCAACGUGUCAACUGCAAAUCAUUCCUGGAUUCAGCCAUCACUCUUUCUCUAGAUACAGACGCCUCCUUCAGGAUUGUGCUGCUGGGAAAAGGUGACGAAAAAAAGACACAGCUUGAAAAUUUCAUGACUGACCAAUGGCAUCCUUCAAGAAAAACCUCUGCAUUUAAGAGUGUUGUCAAGAGGGGAAAGUGGGGAGACAUUCCUCUAAUUAUUGUUAAAACUCCAAAUUUAUUUCGUCAGUCUGAGAAAGUGAUAACAACUGAGAUAGAGAGAAGCGUGAACUUUUGUAAACCUGGACCGAACAUUCUUCUGCUGCUGAUCAAACCCUCAAAGUUCACAGAAAAGAAGAGACGGGCCUUCUCUUUCAUUCUCAGUCUGUUCACUCAAAAUGCUUUCAAACACUCGAUGGUGGUCAUGACCCGUGAUGGCACUAAAAGUUCCUCAGCCAGAGAGCUGCUGACAGACUGUGAUGGAAGACAGUACAGUAUGUCUGAUAACAACCACCAAUCACUGAUGACGAUGAUUGAGAAGAUUGUUUUACAAAACGAAGGAUCCUUCCUCACCCUUAAGGAAACUAAUGUUUACCAAGGGAGCAAACCAACUUUAAACCUGGUUCUGUGGGGGGCGAGACAACCUGUAAAGACUUUAGUAGCCAAAACAAUUCUGGGCCAAAAGUUCCUGGAUCCGAUCUCCUCAGGCGAAUGUGUUAAGAAUCUGAGGGAGCUGUGUGGCCUUUGGGUUUCUUUGGUGGAGCUGCCUGUUCUUCAAACAAAACCUCGUGACGAAGUGGUAAAGACAACCUUCAAGAGUGUCACCCUCAAUGAUCCUGAGGGUAUACAUGCCUUCAUCCUGGUCCUACCGGUUGGUCCAGUCACUGAUGAAGACCAGGAAGAGCUGAAGAUCAUCCAGAGCACAUUUGGCUCUAAAGUGAAUGAUUUCACCAUGAUUGUGUUCACUGUGGAGGCAGAUCCCACCACUCCUGCUAUUGUUAACUUCUUUAAAGAGAACAAAGACAUCCAGAAGCUCUGUCAGAGCUGUGGAGGAAGAUACAUCAUUCUCAACAUCAAGAACAAGAGGCAGAUCUCAGAGCUGCUGGAAGCAGCUGAAAUCAUGAAACAUUUUCAGAAAUCACAAACAUUUUAUACCACAACAACCUUUGUGCACAUGCAGAAAGAGCAAGUGAAAGAAAAAGAUAAAUACAUUAUGGAUCUGGAGGGUAAGCUGGAGGACCUGAAGUUAAACAGAAACACAUCACCUGAACUGGACGACUCAGCCGACCUCCGCAUGGUUCUGAUUGGGAAGACGGGCAGUGGAAAAAGCUCCUCUGGAAACACAAUUUUAGGAAGGAAUGAAUUCAAGGCUAAAUCUCUUCAGAAAUCUGUCACCAAAAAAUGCCAGAAGGCAAAAGGAAAACUAGACGGCCGUCAAGUUACUGUGGUCGACACUCCUGGACUCUUUGACACAACGCUAGAUAACAAGCAGGUAUGCGAGGAGCUGAAAAGAUGCAUCAGUCUCCUGGCUCCGGGGCCACAUGCCUUCUUGAUGGUGCUGGAAAUCGGACGAUUUACAGAAGAGGAGAACAAGACACUGAAACUUAUCAAAAAAGUCUUUGGAAAAAACUCACUAAAAUUCACCAUCAUACUUUUCACAAGAGGAGAUAACCUGCAGUACCAUUCAAUGUCUCCUGAGGAAUUCCUGGAUGCAGGAGAGGAGUCCUUCAAGAGUAUUUUGCAGGAGUGUGGAGGAAGAUAUCAAGUGUUUAACAACCACAGCAAACAGAGCAGAUCCCAGCAGGCCAUCGAGCUGAUCGCAAAGAUUGAUAAAAUGGUAAAAGACAACGGAGGGACGUGUUUCACCAAUGAAAUGCUGAAAGAAGCAGAGGAAGCCAUAAAGAAAGAGAUGGAGAAAAUCCUGAAAAGCAAAAUGGAAGAGAUACAGAAAAUUAAAACACAGAUAGAAAUGGAACUUCAAGAAGAACGAAAAAAGCUGAAAAUAAAAGUAGAACAAGAAAAAACUGAUUUAGCAGAAAAGAAAAAGGUCAGAGAUAAAGAGCUGGAAUACUUGUGCGAAACCCUAAACUAUGAGAGGAACAAAAUAAAGAAAGAGCGUGAUAGAAUGGAAGAAGAAGAUAGAUGUAGGAAGACAGAAGAAGAGCAGGAAGAGAAGGAGUAUGACUCAAAGUUAAACAUAUUACAGGAAAAAUGUAAAAAUUCAUCAGAUGAAAAGAAGAAAAUAAAAAUGCAAGUUCUUAGAGAGGAACACAAAAACAGACAGAGAGAAAUGAGAGAAUACUGGGCAAAACACCAGGAAGAGAUAAAAAAGAAGGAAAAACAAGCUGACCAAAAAAUCAAAAACCUUCAAGAAGAAUAUGAAGAGAAAAAAGGGAACUGGGAAGAAGAAGAAAAAAAGAAACGAGCAGAAUUAGAAAAACUGGAAAAACAACCAAUGGAAAAAUAUAAACUACGUAUGGCAGAAAUGCUGCAGAAGCAUCAAGACAAGGCCAGAAUGCAAGCUGAAGAACACAACGAGUUCAGGGAGAAAUACGAAGCAAACUUUGCUGGCCUCAUGGAGGAGCACAGAGAGGAAAUGCAGAAACUGGAGCAAAAACACAUCAGAGAAUUAGAAGAGGCACAAAAAAAGCUCCAAAAAGAGUACAAAGUGCGGGACGAGCUCGCCAGUUUCAACGAAAACCAACUCAAAGAGGAACUUUUAGAAAAAGAAAGGCAGCAAGAGAAAAUGAAGAAGGAGUUACAGGAAAAACAUGAAGAAGACCUGAAAAAACUGAAAGACAAAUAUAAAAAUAGGUGUGUACUUCAAUGAAAGGACUAAACAUGAAAGGCAAAGACUCAACAUGCACUAUCUGAAAAAAGCUCAAAACUUUUCAGAGGCUUGACUGUUUUAUUUCUAUAGAAACUUUUGUAUAACAGUUGUUUUGUAAUGUUGUGUUGAGAAAAUCUCCCUUGGAUGGAAGAAAAAGGUGUCUUGGGAUAUAGAAGAUCCAGAUUAACAGCUGUUUUCUGAAUUAAUUUUAAUGCAUUUUUCUAAAGAUGGGGCUAAAAACAACAUAAAAAGAUGACUGGAGUUUCUUUGCACCAAGUUUCAGGAUUAAAGUGGUGACAAGUUUUAUCAUUUUUGACCAGAAUUGACUCACAACUGCAGAUUUUAAAUGAAAAGUAUAAAAACAUAAAAAACAUUUUUUUUAAGAUGAAAAGUCCAAUACUAAUUUUAUGUAUUUUCUUUGGGGCUUUUGCUGUUGUUCUUAUGACUUUUAUAACACGUGUGAUGUUUCUGACCCAAAAAUGAUUACGGUAGUUAGAAAAUUCCUAGAAUUUUAUUACUUUAUGAAACUGAUGUGUAUUGAACUGGGUCAGUUACAAAUGCUUGUUUUUCUAAAAGCAAACCCUUUGGCCCAAUCCGAAUUCUUCCCUUCUCCCUUUCCUUUAAUUUGAGGUGGCAGUUGAAGCUGAAGUCGCGUCCGGGAUUAUUACUUUUUAAGUUUCACACUCCAAACUGAGGUGUCCAAAGUCCACAUUCAGGGGUAAGCCCCAUCACGCUGAGAAGCGCUUUUCUUCACUUUUAUCUUUAUAUGAAAGUAAUGACUUUUUGUCAUAGCAUGACCUUUGUAGAGUUAUAAAAAAGAUGUGAUGUAUAUUCAAGCGCUGGAAGCUCCGCGUUGAUGCUAGCGGACCAGCAAUUAUUGGUGACAUCAUCGAACAUAAGUAAUCUCCGAAAUAUGAGACACUAUUUUUUCAUAACCCUCCGUUUGGAGGGCUAAAUGAAGGGAAGGGACAAGGGGUAGGGAGAAGGGAAGAAUUUGGAUUGAGCUUUUGAUUUAUGUAAUAAAAAACAUUCUCAGAUGACCUUUGUCCUUAUUGAAAUAAUUCAAUAGCUACUAAAUUUUCCUAAAGAGUACAUUUGAAUCUACUGAAAAUUAUUUACAGGAAAAAAAUCCAUACUGGGGUGAGGACCGUGCAGCCGCUGGAUGUUCUCUCUCAUCCCGAUGACCAGUUCCAGACUCCUGACAUCACACAUUGAUGUGUUCCACAGUAAUAAGAAAAUGAGAAGCUGGUCUUCCUUGUAGGCUUGAAAAUAAUAAAAAAAAAGCUUUAACGCCAUCCACCUCAGCUGAACCAGAGAGACGUGGAUCCCUGCCGAGCUCAAGUUUGUGUCAUGGUUUUGUUAAACUGUCUUUUUCUUUUUAUGCCAAAUGAACAUGACUAUCAAUGAUAAUCCAAACUGUGGUUGUAAGGAAAAGAAAAUAUAUUUUACAUAUUUUGUUCA